AUGUCCACUGGUUCUCAGAGCUGCGUGAUGGGUUCCUCUGCCACCACACUGUGUGGCAGUUUGGGAGACAGUUCAGCCAGUGGUACACAGCUGAGACGCCAGAAGAGGGACUGGGUUGUCCCCACAACAAAUCUUAAGGAGAACUAUGACUACAGAAAACAUAGCUAUAUUGCCAAGAUCAGGUCGGACAUGGAUAAAAAACACAAACUGCACUACUCUCUGCUGGGCCACGGGGCCAAUAAGGACCCAAUUAACCUGUUUGUUGUGGAUACGAUUGGACUGGUAUAUGUGCGAGGAAUACUGGACCGGGAGAAGCAGGAAAGUUAUACUCUGAUAGGAUUGGCCAGGUUUGAUAAUGGCUCUAUAGCUGAAGAAAAAAUAGAAAUAACAUUUGCUGUGGAGGAUGAGAAUGAUAAUCCACCUGUUUUUGCCCCUGCACCUCCGGCUGAAGUCUAUGAGUCCAGUCCAGCAGGGACUCUGGUUGGGAGGGUUACAGCUACUGAUGCUGACAAAACUGGUACUAACCAUACCAGGAUCGCCUACAGCAUUGCGAAACAGGAGCCAUUUCAUGGGGAACACCUCUUCUAUAUAGACAAAACCACUGGAUCCAUUUACGUCAAAGAGGAAACCUUAGACAGAGAGAAACACAGUUCCUACAUCUUAACAAUUAAAGGAACCGAUAUGGGCGGAGAUCCUGGAGGCAAAACAGGCAACGGGACAAUACUUGUCAAACUAUUGGACAUCAAUGAUAACACACCCUCAUUGGACAAAGAUGAGUAUUCAGCAAGUAUUAAGGAGAACAUAGCCAACGUGGAGGUCCUGAGGUUCAAAGUGCUUGAUGCUGAUGAGGACUACAAUAUAAACUGGAUGGCUGUUUUUAAUAUCGUUAGUGGAAAUGAAGAAGGGAUAUUUAGCGUAAGGACGGACCCCAAAACCAACGAAGGUGUUCUCAUGCUUGUGAAGCCUGCUGAUUUUGAAGAAAACCCUAAUAUCCAACUUGGAGUGGUAGUAGCCAAUGUUGCCCCUCCUGCAGGGGGUGACGGUGGAGAUGGAGGUCCAGGUGGAGGAGGCGGUGGAGUAUAUUCAGUGACUAUCGCAGUGCUGAAUGAGCCUGAGGGGGCUGUCUUUAGACCUCCAGUGAAGCCCGUGCCUGUUUCAGAGAAUCCAAAGGACAAUCCCAAAAACAAGGUGAUCACUGUCUUCAGAGCCAGUGAUGGAGACACUGGAGAGCCUGCAGAAAAUGUUCGAUAUGCUAAAGGCUACGAUCCUGACAACUGGCUGGUGAUCAACCCAGAAACAGCAGAAGUCAGACUUCAAAAGACCCCAGACAGAGAGUCACCAUUUUUGGUUAAUGGAACCUACUACGCUGAAAUACUGAGUCUGUCCAAUGACAUGCCUUCAAAGACAGCCACAGGAACAUUAGCGUUGCAGGUGGGAGACACAAAUGAUAACUGCCCCACACUGAUCGACCCUAUACAGAAACACUGCUCAUACACUGAAGUGGUUAACAUCAUAGCAGAGGAUGAAGAUGGAGACCCAAACUCUGCCCCUUUAACCUUCAACUUUGUGGAUGAGAAGAGCAUGAAGAAGUGGAGGGUUGAACCUUUAAAUGACUGGGUGCCUUCACAUAGCAGUGUAACGCCACUGGGAGAAGUUGCCUUCAUGAUGAACUAA